AUGGUCACAAAGAAGGAGUCGGAGGCUGUUGAAAACGGUCACGACCUGUCACAAGACAAAGAUAACGAUUGGGACUCAGAUGCAGAUGGUUCUCAGAGCGAGGCGGACAGUGAAAACGAGAGUAGCAGGCAGGGAGAAAUAAUAUAUGAGGACGUUCAACUUGAAGAGCUUUCCCAUCCACUUUUACGGUCUGCAUUGGAAGAUGCAAAUAAUGAACUCUGGCUCGUUCGUCUUCCGAGACAUAGUGCUCUGAGAGCGGGCAUUGAAGGCACGGAAGUUCACGUUGCCGAGGCUCUGACAGAAGAGUCACCUUCUACGCACGACCGAAGGGCCGGAGUGGCCAAGGGAAACUAUGUGUACCGCGAACAAGCCAUGGUUGACAAUGAUAUGCGACCUGUGUUUGUUGCUACUGAUGAAGCGGGGAGACCUGCGAUGCGAGUCGGCAGGCCCUUCGCGAGAUCGAUUAGCAUCACAUUUGAUGUUUCUCUCAAUUCCCUCACCGCGAACAAACAGCCCCCACGACGUUACCCCUCCACUCCGAAGGGGCAAAAGCGAAGAUACUUCCCAAUUGGAAGCUCGAAAGGAAACACUGGGCGGCCUCCAGCAGUACUGUCUUCGGCAAUUUCGAAAUCUAUGCACUCUCCCAGAAGGGAAUCAAAGCAACGGCUCUGACUCAAACAUUCUCAACACGGUGUGAACAGGCACAAAAUCCCGCAAGCUCAUGGUCUACUCAAGUUUCCAAAAGAGACUUCGAUCAUAGACCAUUGAACAAGCCAAGCCGACCGCAGAACAAUCCCAAGUCAUCGAAAGAAACUGUGAGCAGAAUUUCGCCACACCUAACUUAUUAAAAUCUGACGUGAAGAAUUGCCCGUCAAUAUUGUAUCCCUUAACUCGCUCUGAAUUCAGUUCGUGGUGCUGAUGAUCGCUAACG